AUGAGUUUAUCCUCAGAAAAUGAGGAGGAAUUAUCUUUUGAAGACUAUGAUAAAGCUGCCAGGAUAAUUCAGAAGGCCUGGAAAAACUAUCUUGAUAUCUGUGUAUUUAGCCACUUCAGAAAUCUAAUCUAUAUAAGGAGGCAAGGAGAUCCCCAUCAACUAUUAAAAUAUAUUGAUCCUAAAGAGGCAGAGCUUAUAGAUGCUGCUUCUGGAAUUAAUAUUCGAUUCAGAUUAGGUGGAGAGAAGUUUCCUCCCUGCAUAUAUUAUAAAAUUUUCACUCACAGAAAUAUUGUAGAUCUGUGUGCUAACAGUCCUAGAGAUUAUGUGAAUGUCAUCCCAAAGCAACUGGCACAUUUGCCAUUUUUUAAGAAUCUUGAGGGUGACCGUCGUGGCUGGUACCAGCGUGUAGAGAACAAUGGCUGGAGGCUUCUUUCCAAAAGAUUCUGGAGAGCCGGUGAUGAGAUCACUGAAGAAGGAAAUCGUCAGAAAGUUAGCUUUUCCUUCUCCAAACUGAUGAGAAAGCAGGACUAUGAAAAAAGAAGAAAAUAUAAAAAAAUUCAAUGGAUGAGAGAAAUGUAUUAUGCAGGAAGCCUGGAAACAAAGAGAGCAGACAAUAGAUGUACAGAUUUAAUUUUAAAAGCAACAAAAGGAUUAAUGAGAGCAGUCGAACAAGGUGGAAUAAAAUCAGUAAUGGAAUGGGAAGUGGAUGAAAUUCUGAGUUGGACAAAUGCACUAAACUAUGAAGAGUAUGUCAACAAUUGGAAAAGCAUUGGUACAAGUAACUCUUCAGCAAACCUUCAAGGUUUCAGAUUUGAGACAAUAUAUAAUCAAGCAGCUAACCAAAACUAUUCUCCUAGCGCCAUAGAAGACAAGGCAAAACAUGGAAAAUUGAAGAAGACGAUGGAGAAUUCAUAGCUUCUUGGCGGAGACCACUGAUGUGUCCUUAAGUAUAUUUUCCCUUGAUUCUCUAGAGGCACACAUCAGUAAUGCCUCAGAUGUUGCUUUAUUCUUUAAGAGUAAUCUGUGCCCUCAUAUACAUCAUACAUAGGAUAUAGCCCCUUAGGCAAUACAGUUUAAAUAGAAAUAGAACGUUUAUGCUUAAUAAUUUAGUAUCUAUGCCAUAAAGAAAUUAGCCUUGUUGCUGUAUCUUUAACAAUCACAACUCAUUAAAUAUUAUUUUAAUACUGGAAUAUGAAAAUGUAAAUUUGGUGUUAAUGGGUUUGUGGGGAGAUGGUAAGGUCUAGUGAGUUGUUUUUCUUUUUUUUUUCUUUUUCAAAAAAAAUAUCAAGGAUAUUUGUGGAAAGAUGGGUUUUGGCAAGAGUUAACAAGCUGUGCCAUCUGCAAAUUGGCCAAAAGGACUCACUGAGGAGCAAG